AAAAAUAAUGACGUGAGAAAUUUUAGUUGAUUAAAGACGUUAUGGCCGUAAUAAAGUCCAUUGCAGUUGCUUUGUAUCUUCUUUUACCACUUGCAUUAGCUGAGUUGGAAGUUAUCAAUGGCAAAAUAAAAAUAACAACCGUAACAGGAUCUUUUUGUCCUCAUACUGUCAAUUUUGUGGCACAGCAACUGGCUCCAGCUUAUGAAGAAUAUGGAGACUUCUUGGAUAUAGAAUUCAUCCCGUGGGGAAUAGCUAGAUUAAAUGAAGAUGGUACUGUCACUUGUAAUGCUGGGACUAAUGAUUGUUGGGCUAAUAGACUCCACAGGUGCGUUAUAGAUUUAUUGAAAGAUGAUCAAGCUACGCAAAUGAGGUUCAUGAACUGUGAGUAUACAGUGCGCGCGGGCUUUUUACAGGGCAGUUACGCUUGUGUUCAAGAUAUUGGUUUAAAUAUUGUAACAGUGGAUUAUUGUGUGAAUAACGCUCGUCGAGACAACUUGGACGCUGAAGCUGCCGCUUCAUCUGCUGAAAUAUUGGCAACUUUUAAUGGUAUACCGGCUAUAGUAUUUAAUGACAAAAUCGAAGAGUCCGUGCCAUUAUAUUCGGAUGCUAGAAAUAGACUUUCAAGCCUGAUCUGCUUUGCACUGGCCGAAGUUCCCGAAACGAAUGUUACUGGGUGUACUUUGAUGUGAUUUAGGUGAAAUAUAGUAUUUCUUUUUUA